UAUUACACCUAUCAUUAGAACGAACAAGGAAGCGAUCUCGACAUCGAAAGAAAAAACCAACACACAUACACCAUCCCAGAACCGAUCGAAGACAAAUAAGGAACAAGUCCGGCGUGUCGGGAGCCCACAUAGCGCACCGCGAGCGCCUCGGCGUCGCUGUCGGUAGUACCGUCGUCGGUCAGUCAGUCGCGGUGCGUCUAUCUUCCGACGAGCAGGAGCGACGGUCGUUGUUUUGGUCAGGAGAGCAGGAAUCGACGAAGGUUGUAGGACGAGGCUCCAGGUGUUGUUGGAGAAACAUGCAUCGCGGGGUGCUGAGUUUCGCCCUGCUGGCGGCUUUGGGGGCGGUGUGGUUGACGGAUGCAGCUUCUCUGGAUCUCGGAAUUUCAAAAGAACUGGAAGAAGUGAUCAAGAAAGACAAUUUUGUCGUCUCCUUAAAACACAUCAAACCAAGAAGACGUUCCAGAGGCAUCGAUACAUUAUUUACAGUAGAUUUUCCAGGAUCCGAAAAUAAGUUUUCUUUAUUACUAGACAAGAAAAAUAAAAAAAUUAUUGUUGAAACUCUGGAAGACAGCAGAGUUAGAGAACAGCCCUUCAUAGUGGACUCUCUUAAAAAUGAGGAUCGUAUAAUCAAAUCUCUAAUCCUCUCAGUUAACCAGUCUCAACCUGGUGCUCACGCAAACUUGUACCUCGACUGUGUGUCUUAUGGCAUGGUAGCGACACCUAGAUCUAUGAGAGAAAUGUACACUAGUAUGAGAACACCAGCCCUAGAAGUGUUUCACGAAAAGAAAAAUUAUAUGGAGGUCGAAGGCCAUAGGGACUUAAGAGCGAUCCUAAGCAAAAACGAGUGUCCCCUUUCCAUAGAAAAACACUUCGACGUUGAUUUUGAAAAGGAUAUAGCCCAAAAUCUAUUGAAAGACGAUCACAGUUACCAAUCUCAACAACCUUACGGUCCAUCAAGCGUUGAUUACAGAGGAGACAUACCUUUGGUUACGACCAUAAACGAUGUUGGGUUAAUUGACGCACUCAACCAGCUGAUCAGAGUGGUUAAUCUAGAAGUUCAGAAAUGUCAAGGUCAAGCUGAAGCUUUCGACAAGCUGAGAAGACUGAUAGAGGAGUGCGAACUGUGUAAACAGAGGCCACCAGAAAUUCAGCGACCAACAUGUGCCAAUAACCCUCCCAGGUGCUUCCCUGGGGUACAUUGCUAUGAUACAAAUGAUGGACCCAGGUGUGGAUCGUGUCCACCAGGAUAUCUAGGAGAUGGGUACGAGUGUAGACCAGGCAGGAGAUGCUCAGACCACCCAUGUUUCGACGGCGUAGAAUGUAGAGACACUGCUGAUGGCUAUCGAUGUGGUCCAUGUCCCGCAGGAUACGAAGGAAACGGUGAAGACUGCCGCAGAAGAAACCCUUGCGAGUACAACCCUUGCGCACCAGGAGUACGAUGUGAACCUACCAGUGAACACCCAUUCUAUUACUGCUUAGGAUGUCCUGAAGGAUUUACAGGAAAUGGUAGCAGAUGUUAUGAUAUUGAUGAGUGUGAUCUCGUUGAACCCUGUGCACCCAAUGUAGAAUGUACCAAUCUUAGACCAGGAUAUCGAUGUGGUUCAUGUCCACCAGGGUAUACUGGGGGAGACAGUAGAGGAGUUGGAGUAGAUGAAGCUAGAAGAAACCGACAACAAUGUGUAGAUAUAGAUGAAUGUUCUGAGUACAGGGUUUGUGUGGAACAUUCUCAAUGCAUUAAUACUCAGGGUUCUUACAGAUGUGGAGAGUGUGAGUAUGGCUAUUACGGAAAUCAAUCGGUAGGUUGUCAUCAAGAAGGUUAUUGUCGUAGUGGAGUUCGAUGUCAUAGUAGAGCCGAAUGCGUUAGUCUAGGUGGCGGUGAAUACACUUGCCAGUGCGUCACAGGAUACGCUGGCAAUGGAGAAUAUUGUGCAUUUGAUCGUGAUGCAGAUAGCUACCCUGAUACAGAGUUGCCAUGUCGAGAAAAACAUUGUAGACAGGACAAUUGCCCACACACUCCCAAUUCUGGACAGGAGGAUACCGAUGGUGAUGGAAUUGGAAAUGCUUGUGAUCCAGAUCCAGACGGCGAUGGAAUUGAACGUGGUGAUAACUGCCCUUUCAUAGAAACCCCCGACCAACGUGAUUCUGAAACAGAUCCAGAUAGAGUUGGAGAUGUGUGUGAUAACUGCCCAUUGGUUCCUAAUCCAGAUCAAUCAGACAUUGAUCGAGAUGGCUUAGGAGAUGUCUGUGAUCCUGACAUGGACAAUGAUGGAAUCAGAAAUGAAGAUGACAAUUGUCCAAGAGUAGCCAAUCGUGAUCAAAUCGAUAGUGAUCGAGAUGGUCUUGGAGAUGCUUGUGAUAACUGUCCACGAAUUUACAAUCCCCGACAGGAAGAUUCCGACGAUGACAGAGUUGGUGACCUAUGUGACAGUCCAGAAGAUACAGAUAGGGAUGGUGUAGGUGAUGAUAGAGAUAACUGUGUUCACAAGGAAAACCCUGACCAGAGUGACAUUGACAGGGAUGGGGUUGGUGACGUUUGUGAUGACGAUAUUGAUGGAGAUGGCAUUGUUAAUCACAGAGACAAUUGUCCAUUGGUAUAUAACCCGGAUCAGUUGGACACGCAGCGUGACGGUGUUGGUGACGCUUGCCGAAACAACACCGACGGCGAUCCGUACCCCAACCGGUACGACAACUGCCCCAACAACUCCCUGAUCUACAGAACCGACUUCAGCAAGUACCAAACAGUCGUACUCGAUCCCGAGGGCGAGUCCCAAAUCGAUCCCCACUGGGACAUAUACAAUAAUGGCGCAGAGAUUGUUCAAACGAUGAACAGCGAUCCUGGUCUGGCUGUAGGACACGAUAAGUUGUUUGGUGUUGAUUUUGAGGGCACGUUCUUUGUCGAUACUGAGAUCGAUGAUGAUUAUGUUGGAUUUAUUUUCAGUUACCAAGACAACUCCAAAUUCUACACCGUCAUGUGGAAAAAGAACCAGCAAACCUACUGGCAAUCCAUGCCUUUCCGUGCCGUAGCAGAACCCGGUAUCCAGAUCAAACUCGUCCAGUCCUCCACCGGUCCUGGCCAGUUGUUACGUAAUUCACUCUGGCACACCGGAGACACUCCCAAUCAGGUACGACUGCUCUGGAAGGAUCCCAGGAACGUGGGCUGGAAGGAGCGCACUUCGUAUAGGUGGUUCCUGAUCCACAGGCCGCAAAUUGGCUUGAUCAGACUGAAGAUAUUCGAGGGGGAGAACAUGGUAGCUGAUUCUGGAAACUUGUUCGACAGCACGCUAAAAGGAGGGCAGUUGGGAGUGUUGUGUUUCUCGCAGGAGCAAAUUAUUUGGUCCGAUUUGGCCUACAGGUGUAACGACAAUCUAAGACAAGAAGUAUGGAGAGAACUUCCUGCCAACCUGAGAAAUCGUAUCUCAGUAGAUGACACAGUUUACAGUCAUAUCCAAGAGCCAGAACCAUAUCCAUAUCCGGAAGAAGAAGAUUAUUAAUUUUUAAGAAAAUACUAAAAGUCAUCUGGCCCAAGAAAACAUUGUGUUCAUUUCUUCAGGCAUAUAUUUUUUGUUUUGUUGUUAUAAUCCGUUUAUUUUGUACUUAUUUCCACAGGUUGCUAAUAUAGUUUUAUGUCAAAUAUUAUAAAAUUACUAGAUUCUUAUUAUAGAUAUAAUGUUGUUUUAAUUUUAAAUUACCUAAGUAAUUAUAAACAAAUGCUUUAAAACAGAAGACAAAAUUAUUUUGUAUAUUACAAUUUUUUUCAUAUAUUGACUGCUACAUGAAAUAAAACGACAAUUUUGCCACUUUA